AUGGCUGGAAACACAGUCAACGACUUCCAUAUCGCCAUUGUCGGCGCCGGUAUUGCAGGCCUUGCACUGGCUAUGGGGUUGCACAAGAAAGGCAUAUCAUUUACACUCUAUGAGGAAGCGAAGGAAUACUCGGUUGCUGGUGCCGGUAUCGGAUUUGCCCCUAACGGUCUACGGGCAAUGGACAUUAUCGAGCCAGAGUUCCGUCCUAAAUAUGAGAAGAUUUGUGUUGGAAACAAGCCCGCAGAUGCCCAGAAUGUCUUCUUUGAGGGCUUGCUCAUCAAGGAAGGUCUCGGCCAAGAUCAAACAUGGCACGGUAAAUCAUGUUGGGGUCACCCUGACUUCAAUCGAAAAUCGGCACAUCGAAAGGAGCUCUUGGAAAUUAUGACAAGCUUCAUCCCGAUAGAGACUGUCAAGUUCAAUAAGUCUCUCAAGGACAUCAAGCAGCAUUCCGACAAAGUUGGUCUCAAAUUUGCGGAUGGUGACGUUGCCGAGGCCAGUAUAUGUGUUGGCGCCGACGGAAUCAAGAGCAUUGCGCGAGAGCACGUGCUAAAACCAUCCUAUCCAACCCAGGUCGCCCCAGUAUAUGCCGACGCCUACUGCUAUCGAGGUGUCAUUUCUAUGUCUGAAGCGAAAGCGAUUCUGGGAGAUCUAACCGAUGUUGCCAAGAUGUACUUCGGCAACAAGCGUAGUGUUGUUACUUAUCGCAUCACGGGUGGCGAGGAGUUCAACUUCCUUCUUUGCGUAGCUACCGACACUCCGUGGAUGCUCGAAUGCGCUGUCACGGAGAAAGUCACCGAGGAGAUCAAGAUGGCCGACUUCGAGGGCCCCGACAUUGAUGAUCGCUUCCGCCGACUUCUUCGUUUGGCAAAGCCAAUCAAAUGGGGUCUCUUCCAUCACAAGCACACUUCGACAUACUACCGCGAUCGUGUGGUUCUCAUGGGUGACAGCGCCCAUGCUUCUCUGCCUUUCCAAGCUGCUGGCGCUGCUCAAGGCCUGGAAGACGCUUUGAUAUUGUCGGCCGUGUUUGGGGAACUCCCAACGGCUCCACAAAGCAUCUCGAGCCUCAAUUCAUACAUUCUUGCAGCCUUUGACGCCUACGAUUCGGUGCGACGGCCACGAGCUCAGAAGCAGCUGGACAGGGCUGCGGAAGUGGGUGACAUGGUCUUUUUUCGAGACCAAGAACGAGGCUCUGAUAUGGGCAAGAUUCUACCGAGACUACAGGAUGCAUGGUUUGAUUGGUUAUGGUUUCAUGAUAUUCGAGGGGAUGUGGACACAGCUAUGUCUAGGCUGCAAACGCAGCGAACGCAAAAUGUGCUGUAG